CAUAUUUUUUACUUUAUUAACCAAUAAUUACCAUGACUGCUACUUUAGAAAGACGCGAAAGCGCAAGCCUAUGGGGUCGUUUCUCUGACUUUAUUACCAGCACCGAAAACCGUCUUUACAUCGGAUGGUUCGGCGUAUUGAUGGUACCUCUUCUUCUAACUGCAACUUCUGUAUUCAUCAUUGGUUUCAUCGCAGCUCCUCCAGUAGAUAUCGAUGGUAUCCGUGAGCCUGUUUCUGGUUCUCUUCUAUACGGAACAACAUCAUUUCUGGUGCUAUCGUUCCUACUUCUGCAGCAAUCGGUAUGCACUUCUACCCUAUCUGGGAAGCUGCUUCCGUUGAUGAAUGGUUAUACAAUGGUGGUCCUUACCAACUAAUCGUUCUUCACUUCCUUUUAGGUGUAGCUUCUUACAUGGGUCGUGAAUGGGAACUUAGCUUCCGUCUAGGUAUGCGUCCUUGGAUCGCUGUUGCAUACUCUGCUCCUGUUGCAGCUGCUACCGCAGUAUUCCUAAUCUACCAAUCGGACAAGGAAGUUUCUCUGACGGUAUGCCUUUAGGUAUCUCUGGUACUUUCAACUUCAUGAUCGUAUUCCAAGCUGAGCACAACAUCCUUAUGCACCCAUUCCAUAUGCUAGGUGUGGCUGGUGUUUUCGGCGGCUCUCUAUUCAGUGCAAUGCAUGGUUCCUUGGUUACCUCCAGCUUGAUCCGUGAAACCACCGAAAACGAAUCUGCUAACGCUGGUUACAAGUUUGGUCAAGAAGUAGAAACUUACAACAUUGUUGCAGCUCACGGCUACUUUGGACGUCUAAUCUUCCAAUAUGCUAGUUUCAACAACUCUCGUUCUCUACACUUCUCUUGGCUGCUUGGCCUGUAGUAGGUAUUUGGUUUACUGCUUUAGGUAUCAGUACUAUGGCAUUCAACCUAAACGGUUUCAACUUCAACCAAUCCGUAGUUGAUAGCCAAGGUCGUGUAAUCAACACUUGGGCUGAUAUCAUCAACCGUGCUAACCUAGGUAUGGAAGUUAUGCACGAGCGUAACGCUCACAACUUCCCUCUAGACUUAGCAUCUGUUGAAGCUCCUUUCGUUGGCUAAACAAUCUUGUUUUAGAGGCAAGCUGCAUAUAUAACAACUGUGCGCAGGAAUCCUGCGCACGGUUGUAGUUUGCUAUAUUUUCUCUUUUUUGUAUGUUGUAUGGCGAACAAAUUGAUCAGAAUUAAAUAUACAGGUUAAAUUCCUAACUUUCACUUAUUUAUGUAUUGGUCCAUUAAGCACCUUAAAUGUGUGUCAUAAUAUAUUUAGGAGUCUGUCCUGGGUCACUUCUGUAUCAUAGUUGUUCUAGUUACAGACUUAAUAAAGUGGGUAGCAAUUCUAAAAUAUUACCCUCUCAGAAGCUGAUUCAUGAUUUUGGGCAGGUGUUUCCUUUGUCUCGUCUGAAGAGAGGAGAAUCUCAAUGACUAUUCGUUCACCGGAACCAGAAGUCAAGAUUGUGGUAGACAAUGAUCCUGUAAAAACCUCUUUUGAAAAAUGGGCUAAGCCAGGUCAUUUCUCUCGUGCGUUAGCAAAAGGUCCUACUACAACCACUUGGAUUUGGAACCUGCAUGCUGAUGUUCACGAUUUUGAUAGCCACACUAGUGAUCUAGAAGAAAUUUCUCGUAAGGUUUUUAGUGCACACUUUGGUCAAUUAGCUGUCAUAUUCAUUUGGUUAAGCGGAAUGUAUUUUCAUGGUGCACGCUUUUCCAAUUAUGAAGCAUGGUUAAGUGAUCCAACCCACAUCAAACCUAGUGCUCAAGUUGUUUGGCCAAUUGUAGGUCAAGAAAUUUUGAACGGCGACGUAGGUGGUGGAUUCCAGGGAGUUCAAAUUACCUCUGGUUUAUUCCAAAUGUGGCGUUCUUCUGGAAUCACUACUGAACUAGAGUUAUAUUCCACUGCAAUUGGUGGUUUAUUAAUGGCAGGCUUAAUGUUUAUCGCUGGUUGGUUCCAUUAUCAUAAAGCUGCACCUAAAUUGGCUUGGUUCCAAGAUGCAGAAUCUAUGAUGAACCACCAUUUAGGCGGUCUAAUAGGCUUAGGAUCUUUGGGUUGGGCUGGACACCAAAUUCAUGUAUCUUUGCCUAUCAACCAAUUGUUAGAUGCAGGAGUUGACCCUAAAGAAAUUCCUUUGCCUCACGAAUUUAUAUUUAACAGAGACUUAUUAGCUCAGUUAUAUCCUAGCUUUGCGAAAGGUGUAACUCCUUUCUUUACCUUAAACUGGGCAGAGUAUUCUGAUUUCUUAACUUUCCGUGGCGGUCUAAAUCCAGUUACAGGAGGUUUAUGGUUAACUGAUACAGUUCACCACCACGUAGCAAUUGCAGUCCUUUUCCUAGUAGCAGGACAUAUGUAUAGAACUAACUGGGGAAUUGGUCAUAGCAUGAAAGAAAUGUUAGAAGCUCACAAAGGGCCUAUGACUGGUGAAGGUCACAAAGGACUUUAUGAAAUUUUGACCACUUCUUGGCAUGCUCAAUUAGCAUUAAACUUAGCUACUUUUGGAUCUUUAACAAUUAUCAUAGCACAUCAUAUGUAUGCUAUGCCUCCUUACCCAUAUUUAGCAACUGAUUAUGGUACUCAGUUAUCCUUAUUCACACACCACAUGUGGAUUGGUGGAUUCUGCGUUGUAGGGGCUGGUGCUCAUGCAGCUAUCUAUUUGGUAAGAGAUUACGAUCCAACUACUCAGUAUAACAAUCUAUUAGAUCGUGUUCUACGUCAUAGAGAUGCAAUUAUUUCUCAUCUUAACUGGGUAUGUAUCUUCCUAGGAUUCCAUAGUUUUGGUUUGUAUAUUCAUAACGAUACUAUGAGUGCCUUAGGUCGUCCUCAAGAUAUGUUCUCUGACACAGCUAUUCAACUUCAGCCUGUGUUUGCUCAAUGGGUUCAAAAUACUAACGCUGCAGCACCUGGUUUCACAGCACCUAAUGCAGCUGCCGCUAGCAGUAUCACUUGGGGUGGUAGUGAAUUAGUAGCAGUAGGUGGGAAAGUAGCAAUGUCUCCUAUUCCAUUAGGAACAGCUGAUUUCCUAGUGCACCAUAUUCAUGCAUUUACUAUUCACGUUACUGUUUUGAUUCUUUUGAAGGGUGUAUUAUUUGCUCGUAGUUCUCGACUAAUCCCAGAUAAAGCUAAUUUAGGCUUCCGCUUCCCUUGUGAUGGUCCAGGACGUGGUGGUACUUGCCAAGUUUCUGCUUGGGACCAUGUAUUCUUGGGUCUAUUCUGGAUGUAUAACUCUAUUUCUGUAGUAAUUUUCCAUUUUAGUUGGAAGAUGCAAUCAGAUGUAUGGGGAACUGUAAAUGCUCAAGGAGUAUCUCAUAUUACUGGAGGGAACUUUGCUCAAAGUGCAACUACCAUUAAUGGAUGGUUGCGUGAUUUCUUAUGGGCACAAGCAUCUCAAGUAAUUCAAUCUUAUGGAUCUGCUUUAUCUGCAUAUGGUUUAGUUUUCUUAGGUGCUCACUUCGUAUGGGCAUUUAGCUUGAUGUUCUUGUUUAGUGGCCGUGGUUAUUGGCAAGAACUAAUUGAAUCCAUUCUAUGGGCUCAUAAUAAGCUUAAAGUUGCUCCUGCUAUCCAGCCUCGAGCUCUUAGUAUUACUCAAGGGCGUGCUGUAGGAGUAGCUCAUUACCUUCUGGGUGGGAUUGCCACAACAUGGGCAUUCUUCCUAGCAAGAAUUAUUUCAGUAGGAUAAUGGCUAGGAGGGUUUUAAAGCAUUAUGGCAUCAAGAUUUCCAAAAUUUAGCCAGGGCCUAUCCCAAGACCCAACCACUCGCCGUAUUUGGUUUGGAAUUGCUACUGCACACGACUUCGAAAGUCAUGAUGAUAUCACCGAAGAACGGCUUUAUCAGAAGAUUUUUGCUUCUCAUUUUGGUCAGUUAGCAAUUAUCUUCUUGUGGACCUCUGGGAAUUUGUUUCACGUAGCAUGGCAGGGCAAUUUUGAAGCGUGGUCUCAAGAUCCUUUGCAUGUUCGUCCUAUCGCACAUGCAAUUUGGGAUCCUCAUUUUGGACAACCAGCAGUAGAAGCUUAUACUCGAGGAGGCGCUUCUGGUCCUGUAAAUAUUUCCUAUUCCGGUGUAUAUCAAUGGUGGUAUACUCAAGGUCUACGUUCUAACCAAGAUCUUUACACAGGAGCACUUUUCCUAUUAGGAUUAGCUGCUGUUUCUUUAGUAGGUGGAUGGUUACAUCUACAACCUAAGUGGAAACCUAGUGUUUCUUGGUUCAAAAAUGCUGAGUCUCGUUUAAACCACCAUUUAGCUGGUUUAUUUGGAACCAGUUCUUUGGCUUGGGCUGGACAUAUCGUACACGUAGCUAUUCCUGAAUCUAGAGGACAGCAUGUAGGAUGGGAUAAUUUCUUAACUACUGCUCCACAUCCACAAGGUUUAGCACCUUUCUUUGCUGGCCAAUGGGGUGUUUAUGCACAAAAUCCAGAUUCUAGCAGCCAUAUCUUUGGUACUUCAGAAGGAGCUGGUACUGCUAUCUUAACUUUCUUAGGCGGUUUUCAUCCACAGACACAAAGUCUUUGGUUAAGCGAUAUAGCUCAUCACCAUCUAGCAAUUGCUGUAAUAUUCAUCGUUGCUGGACAUAUGUAUCGUACCAACUUUGGAAUUGGACAUAGUAUGAAAGAGAUUAUGGAAGCACAUAUUGCUCCAAGCGGUCGUAUGGGCGGCGGUCACCAAGGCCUAUUUGACACAGUGAAUAAUUCUCUUCAUUUCCAAUUAGGAUUAGCAUUAGCGUGUUUAGGUGUUAUCACUUCUUUGGUAGCUCAGCACAGCUAUUCCUUACCUUCUUAUGCAUUCAUAGCUCAAGAUUUUACUACUCAAGCAGCACUUUAUACUCACCAUCAGUAUAUUGCUGGCUUCAUCAUGACAGGAGCUUUUGCUCAUGGUGCAAUUUUCUUUAUCAGAGAUUACAAUCCAGAGCAAAACAAAGGAAAUGUAUUGGCUAGAAUGUUGGAACACAAAGAAGCUAUUAUUUCUCACCUAAGUUGGGCUAGCUUAUUCUUGGGCUUCCAUACACUUGGUCUAUACGUACAUAAUGAUGUUGUACUGGCUUUUGGUACUCCAGAAAAACAAAUCCUAAUUGAACCUGUUUUUGCUCAGUGGAUUCAAUCUACUCAUGGUAAGGCUUUAUAUGGAUUUGAUGUAUUACUUUCUUCCAGUUCUAGCAUUACUAUUACUGCAGGAAAAAGUCUAUGGUUACCAGGGUGGUUAGAUGCUAUUAAUAACAAUAGUAAUUCUUUAUUCUUGACUAUUGGCCCAGGGGAUUUCUUAGUACACCAUGCAAUUGCUCUAGGUUUGCAUACAACAACCUUGAUUCUUGUGAAAGGUGCUUUAGAUGCUCGUGGAUCUAAAUUAAUGCCUGACAAAAAGGAAUUUGGAUUCAGCUUCCCUUGUGACGGUCCAGGUAGAGGUGGAACUUGCGAUAUUUCUGCUUAUGAUGCUGUUUAUCUAGCUGUUUUCUGGAUGUUAAAUACUAUUGGAUGGGUAACCUUCUACUGGCAUUGGAAACACUUAGCUUUAUGGCAAGGUAAUGCAGCGCAAUUUAAUGAAUCUUCUACUUACUU